AAAUGACAAUAACUGAUAAACUUUGCUUUGGAUUUUCAAUAGCAGCAUUAGUCAUAUAUGUAAGCUUAUUUGGAAUUUCAAACAUCCUUGGUUAUGGUCCUGUAAACUAACCAAUGAGCAAUGGAAGUAUAUUUAUAGGCCAUUGUUAGAGUAAUGUAAUUUAAUAUACUUUCCGGAUCCAAAAGAUAUUUCAAAGACAUUUUGUUUAGAAGAAUGUCCAAAGACUGGUGAUACAAAAUUGCAUUGUGAUAAUUGUUCCGGCAACAUUAUUAAUACAGAUGAAUGUAAUAUGUUAUUAUUUAUUUAGACAAUCAUGGAUGUAUACCUACAUUAUAUUCUUAAUUAUCAUAAGUUAUGCCUGCAUUGGAAACUCCAACACUUAAUAACUUUACUUAAUCUUUAAUUUCAAACAGUGAAUUUUUAUUUACAGGGCUUUUAUUACUUCUAGCCUUUCUUUAUUUAAGUUAAAGAGUUACCAGAUAAUAUUUUUCAAUAUUAAAUUCAUUCUAAACGAAAUUCUAUCCAUAUGGUUUAUUAUGGCUUUCAAUCAUUAUGGCAUAUCGUUUGUCGAACUUUCAUGAUAUAAAUAAACUAGAAAGAGCAGGAGAAUCAAGAUAAUUAAAUUAAUAAUCCAUUGAAAUUUUAAUUGAAGCUUUCAAUCAUAAAUCUACCUAUACAAUAGUUUUAUUGAUCUUAAUCAAAAUAUUUAUAGGAUCCGUUAUAUCUUAAUGUUUCAAUUAAAAUGAUAAAGAAGGUUACAGAUUGAAAAGUUACAUAUCUUUGGUUUUAAGAAAGAAACUUGAAUUAUAUACAUUUAGAUAUAAUUCUGCAAUUUAAGUUCUUGUAAUUGUCAACUUUUUAAUAUUCUACUACUCAACUACGUAAGAAUUAUUAGUAAUUUUAGGGCAUCAUUAAGCAUUGGCUCAAUUAAUUCCUCCAAACCUGCAUAUAGCUAAUAUUAACCAUCUAUUUUGGGAAUCAUCUUAGCAAUUUUAGCAUUUUGCCUUUUUAUUUAUAUAUCUAGAAUAUUAAGAUUGUAUACUGAUUAUUUCAUAUAUUUUUUUACAUUAAAACAAUUACUAUGGGAGUAAGAAGAAAGUAUAUCAAUUUUAAAGUAAUUAAUAAAUUAAAUUAGAAAUUCAUUUGAAGCUUUUGGAACAAUUUCUUUAUUAGCUUUUAAACAGAUUAUAAAUUCCCCAAAAAAUAUAGGGAUUAAAUUUAUGAAUUUAAUUAAAAAGCCAUAAAUAGCCCAAAAAUGGGAGAAUGACUUAUCUUUAUUAAGUUCCUUAACAAUAGGUCGUUAAGUAUAUUACUUAACUCAAAACUAAAUUAAUAAUUAAGCAAUUGCUUCAUAUCAAUUAUAGGAGAGUAUAGAUGCUUUACACAUUUAAGAUUUAGAGAUAGUUUAUUAAUUAUGUAAAAAUAUUUAUAAAUUGUAUUAGAUUAAUAAGCUGAAACUAUUCUAAGGCAUUCUGGAUGGUCAAUAGGAUGUUUGAUAGGACUGAUUAAUUCACUCUUUGGUUGUGGAUUUUCUACUAUCUUAUUAAUGGUUCCAUUAUCUUGUGAUCUUAAUUAUGUGAUCGGUGCAUAAAUUAUUAAAGGAUUCUUUACUUUUGGAUUGAUUGAUGGAAAUAUAGAUGACAAUAAAUUGAUGAAUUAUUAUAAGACAAUCAUCUAAAUUGAGAAGGAAGAACAUUUGUCCAAGAAAAAUAAAUUAUAAUAAAAUUGA